UGCCUCACAGCGAAACACGUUUAGAAAGUGACUGCAAGGAAAUAUUAUCCACAACAAAGUUUUAAACGUCAUUUGUUCAUACGGUGCGCUUAAACAACAGGCAGUAAAAUAAAUAAGAUGAGAGUUAUUGCCUCAGUGACGUUGUUUUGUUUUGCUUUGGGUCUUGUUUCGGCAACUGAAGUCGAAAUGGCAGAUAUGAAGUCACUGCAGGAAGUCAUCGACGCAGCAACAUCCACUGAAGUAGACACACUCUAUAAUGGAAAGUCAUCAAGCAUUCAUGAUAUGCUGGUCAUAGUAAAGGAGAAGACCAACAUUGAAGCUUCUUAUCUUGACAAAGUAUUUGUGGAAGCUUCCAGCUCAAGGAAUGUACAAGAGUUGAAGAAAGUAAUGCUGGAUAUGACGAGUGCGGUCGAUUUCAUUAAUGAAGUAAUUAAACAUUUUCAAGCUAAUCCAAUGGCUGGAAGAAAAAUAAGAAGCGACGAGUUGUAAGAAGAAAGCAAACAGAUAAAGCGUUUUUAAAAUCUUGCUGCUGCGCAUCUUGAAGUUGUAUGACGUAUAAUACAAAUUACAUGAAUAAUGUUCACCAAAUGCUUAUUGUGUUGUUCAAGAAGAGAUUAAAUAAUCACGAAUUUGAUAAA